CCCCAACACCACCAGUGCCAGACCCAAAAAAAAGCCAAACAUCUCAAAGUCCGGGACAGUCGCAACAAACUUCACCAGCAACCGAUGAAGACGGAUCUGCGCCUGCAUCUGAUUCAGACAUGGCAGGCAAAACAACACCAACGCAACAAGUACCAAUCCAAAGAAAAAGUCAAGCAUCGCAAAAUCCAGGACAGUUCCCAAGAACUCCGGCAGUAGCCAAUGCACAAGUAUCAAAAUAUCCUGGUCUGUCAGGUAUGACACCCCCAACACCACCAGUGCCAGAUCAAAGAAAAAGCCAAACAUCUCAAAGUCCGGGACAGUCGCAACAAACUUCACCAGCAACCGAUGAAGUUGGAUCUGCAUACGCAUCUGUUACGCUGGAAACUAGUGAGCCGACUGCAAGUUUGAACUCACAGAAUCAUACUCUUGAAGUGCUGCCUCCAAGGAAAACAGCUAUCACACCAGGUGCUUUUCAUCAGAACACUCCUGGCUCCAAGGCAUGCAAGCAUGCCGGCUCAAGUGUUACUCUUGUCAUCGCAAUGGCAUCUGUAGUAGUUUGGUACACUAAUACUCUUUGGGCAUGGUGCUAGUCAGAUAUACACAUACCACUGAUCCACUACGUAUUGUGCUAUCCAGUAAUUUUCUUUCUAUAUUCUUUAUUAUUUUUGUUAUGAUCCUUGCCCUAUAUGUACGGACAAGGAGGCUUCACAGAGAACCAGUAUUGCAUGUAGCAGCACAUGCAUGCUUUGAAUUCAAAUCUGCAGUUCUACUCUCCAGUGCGCUGUUGCCUCUGUAUGACUUGUAGCAAGUGCUGAAGCUGCUGACCACACCUCUCUUUCUGUACCCUCAUUCCUUCCUAGCUAGGUCUGCAGAAACACAAGCCUUUUGACGAGCUACUUCAUCAAUAUCGUUUUCGAAGACGUCGACGUUUACUUCGAAGCUGUUGUACACCACGAGCCACUAUCCUGCAUCGUGAAAAUCUGUUCUUGAAAACUCAACAAUGU